CGCCACACGCGAUCCAUAAAUAGAUAGGAGGGACGUAGCCCAUUGGUAUCCCCGUCUCUGUGUUCAAUCACCCUCUCUCUCCUCUUCUUCCCUCGCGCGCUCUUUGUUUCUGCCGCUAUGGGUACCAAGUCUUUCCUUGUUUAUCUUCUAUCUGGUUUCGCGGUGGUCAUUUCCUAUGCCUUCUUCUCCACCAUCACCACCACCAAUGAGACUUCAUCCGUUCUAGGAUUCAAUGGAUCGCUCAGCUCUACAGAAAAGCAAGAGAUUGGUGGAUUCGGUUCGGCCCUCGGCCGGUCCACCAGAGUUUGGCCGGAUUUGGAGUUUAGUUGGAGGAUAGUGGUCGUCAGCGUGAUUGGUUUCCUUGGAUCUGCUUUUGGAACAGUUGGUGGCGUUGGUGGCGGUGGCAUUUUUGUUCCCAUGCUUAAUUUGAUCCUUGGUUUUGAUGCUAAAUCUGCGGCUGCUCUCUCUAAAUGUAUGAUCAUGGGAGCAUCGGCUUCAUCAGUCUGGUACAACCUAAGGGUUCCUCAUCCAUGUAGAGAUGUACCCAUCUUAGACUAUGAUUUAGCUCUCCUUUUCCAGCCUAUGCUCAUGUUGGGAAUAACAAUCGGUGUUGCCCUCAGUGUCGUCUUUCCCUACUGGCUCAUCACUAUCUUGAUCAUCAUACUUUUUAUUGGUACGUCCUCUAGGUCUUUCUGCAAAGCAAUACAGAUGUGGAAUCAGGAGACGAUCAUGAAGGCUGAAGCCGAUCUCAAGGAGCCUCUCACCAAUCCGGAGACGCAAGUUAAAGUUGAUGACGACUCUGAGCAGCUGGUAGUGCCCCAUGUGAAAAGUGGCCUGGAAAUAAUAUGCUUCAACCUAAGUUUGAAAGGACUACUCGUUCUGAUGGUUGUCUGGGUUUCAUUUGUUCUGAUACAGAUAACCAAGAAUGAUUCAAGGGACUGCAGCCCUCUAUAUUGGGUACUCAACCUCUUGCAGUUUCCUGUGGCACUCUCCGUGUUCAUAUACGAGGCUGUGAAACUAUGCAAGGAGGGUAGGAGAAGAAGGAAAUGCGGGAACACGGAGUCAGUAUGUGAAGCUUCUAUCGAAUGGACUCCAAUCCAGUUAAUUUUCUGUGCAUUAUGUGGCAUCCUUGGGGGCACGGUUGGUGGGCUUUUGGGCUCUGGUGGCGGAUUCAUACUGGGACCUCUUCUGCUCGAACUUGGUGUUAUCCCUCAGGUUGCCAGUGCAACGGCAACGUUCGUUAUGAUGUUCUCUUCGUCGCUUUCUGUCGUGGAAUUUUAUUUCCUCCACAGAUUCCCCAUUCCUUAUGCACUCUAUCUUACAGGGGUGUCAAUUAUUGCUGGGUUUUUUGGGCAGUACUUUGUGAGGAAGCUGGUGACCAUUCUUGGGAGGGCCUCUAUCAUAAUAUUCAUCUUAUCAUCUGUCAUUUUCUUAAGCGCACUCGUAAUGGGCAUCGUUGGCAUCGACAAGAGCAUUGUGAUGAUCCAGAAUCACGAAUACAUGGGAUUUUUGAGCAUCUGUGGUAGCUCUUAGAAAGCGCAGCAGCAAUCAUCGCCUCGUUGUGUACCAUACGGGUUUAUCUUGUGGUUAAUGCAGGAUAUGGUCAAGUAACUAUUGACCUAUCCUGGUAAAUUCAAAAUAAAUCUCCUUAAUUUAUUGUAUGUAGGGAUUGAAGAUAUCAGUACCUAGCUGAUCUUCUUCCCCAUCUAGGAAGCUCAAUUUUAUUAUGUAGAUUUAGUUAGUGCAGGAGCUGGUUAAUGUCUAAUUGACCUGCCUGCAAGUUCUUGAAUAAGUCACUUGAUACGUGAUACAAAUGUUCAGUCUUCUGGGGCUUGGUUGCAUCAGUGUGUAGCUGAUCUCCUUCCCCGCCUCAUAUUGGAAGUAAGAUCUGUUUCAUUUUGCAGUA